UCUCUGUCUGAUACGAUGUGAAACGUACGCAGUACGUUCAAUGGAGUACGGUGGUGCGAGCGCGACCGAUUGUUAGUAAAAGCGUCGUUGGAGACGUCGUUGCAAUCAGCGAUAUACAAUAUUUAUGUGUCAAUAAAAAUUCUAAGAAGACGCAACGUACCUAACGAAUCUUUGGCUACCGAGGUCGAACACGUUCAUUAAAUAUGAGACGCAAAAGUGAAAGAAAUAAAGGGAAAGUGGUGUCUCCAGAGAAAGAAGUUGAAAGACCAACGCGUAAGUCAACGCGAAGACGUGCGAAAAGAACACCUUCCGACUCACCGGAGCAAGAGAAUGUCGAGGAGAUACCGAAAAAAGAAACUGAGAAGAAGCAGCCUGUAGUAACGCAGAAAAAGGAAGCAAUAAUAAUCGAAAAAACAGAAGAGAUUAACGAGAAGGUUCCACCGCCUUCUACCGAGACGGACGUUAAGAACAAGCCACAAGAGGACGAAGAGAUCAGCAAUACCACAGCAGUAUGGAAAGUGUCAAGAUCAGACGCAUCGCCCGGCGAGAUACAAAAAUUAAAGUUGUCUAGACAGCGUACGGCGUCAGAAGGAUCAUCAGAUACUUCUUUAACCAGGAAAAAAUCGAGCAAGUGGCAGGAAAGUGGUGAGGGAGUUGCAGAGGAGGCUGACUCGGCAGACAAGCAACUGGCUUCUUGUACAAGAACGCUCAGUAGCACUGAACAGCCGAACGAUCCCUCCUCUUCAUACCCAGGUCAGGACUCCAACGAAGAGGUAAGUGAUAGCAAGGAGAUCCUGCCCGAAACCACUUCGGCCAACUUGUCUGACGCUAAACCAAACAUAGAUCAGCAUGGUGAAUCAAAUGAGGCAAAUAUCUCCAACGAAAACGCUGAUAGUGAACCCAUUAAGUCGAGUAGUACAACCAUGUUGGCUCCUAGUUCGAAUGGUAAUCAAUCGUCCGAAGAGGUAAACGUAAUACCAAAAGAAGAAAAGUCUGCGGAAGAUACCAGCGAGAAAUCAAUCGAAGAAGAGCCGUCGUUCAACAAAGACACCAGUGUCGAGAACGCGCAAAGAAACACGAGCAGUGACGAGGAUGACGAUGAGAAUAAGAAAAAGAAAGCUCGUGAAGCGAAUUCGUCCUCCGAGUCGAACGAUGAGAUACGUAACAAGAGUAAAAGAACUACCGGCAGGAUACAAUCCAGCCGCAGAAAACAUCGAACCAAAUAUCGUGAUUCGUCUAAUUCCGACACGCCGGAUUCCGAGGAUGAACCUCCUCUCAAACGAAAUCUCGAGAUCGAUAUGUACAUGCAAGAAGAGAAAGCAAGCGUAGAGGAUUCCCACGAGCAAAAAGAACGGUCCAUGUCCCCGAAACAGAGAAACAAUUUAUUGAACGAUGCGGAGAUGGAAACAGAACCUAGCGAAGGGAACAAACAAAAGCUGGAUAGUCUGACCGAUAAAACGGAAUAUUCUACGUCGGCGACGACUCAGUCGACGACUUACAAACCCGUGAAAGUAAAUUUGAAGAGAUCAUUCUCUUCUAGGAUGUUAACAGAAAAGAAUGAUAUAAAAAAAGGAGAUGUCGAUGCAAACUCAAAUAACGAAGCCAGUGUUCCAAACAAGGAAAAUCACGAUAAUACUGAACAAGAUUCGAAAUGCAUGCCGAGAAAACGCCGAUGGGGUACUGCAUUAUCUACCGAUACCGCACCCUCGUUCUCUAUUUCUACAGAUUCGCUCAAAGCAUUGGUGCCGGGAGCAAAGCCAUUGUCAAUAAACGAAGUCCGUCUUUCGAAAGACGACGACGAAGAAAGGGAUCGUUAUCGAGUUAGCGAAAAGUGGCACAAUUCUAGCGAAGGGGUGAACGAAAACAAAUCCGACGAAGAAAGUAUCGCGCAGAAAAAUGGUGCAUCAAAGAAAGGGGACGCGAAAAUAGACAAUCAUAUAGCAGCAAGGCGUAAGAUAUCAAUUGUAAAAGAAGCGCCGCACGUGAAAUCGCCUAGUCCACCUGCUACGAAACCGACGAAUAUUCUUUUAAUCAAAAACUUGGUUCGCCCUUUCACCUUGAAUCAGAUUAAAGAGUUGUUGUCGCGUACCGGUACGAUCGUCGAGAACGGAUUCUGGAUGGAUAGAAUCAAGUCCAAGUGUUUCGUAGAGUAUGCCAACGAGGAUCAGGCGUUCGAGACGCGACAAGCAUUACAUGGUAUAUCCUGGCCCGUUUCUAAUCCGAAGAGGCUUCACGUCGAAUACGCAACCAAAGAAGACAUGGCGCGGGAACUGUCGAAAGACCAAUCCAUUCCAAGAAAAACAGAACCCCUCGUACCGUCCGACUCAUGGCAGCAAGACUGGAAUCGCGAAGAGAGAACAAAUACGAAGGUGAUGGUGGUCCGAGAAUGGGAUUUGGGGAAAGAAGAUGGACAACAGCACAUAAAGGAGAAAGAACGUGAAAAGAAGGAUCACGAUAAAAAGAGGCGGCAGAGGAGUCGCAGUCCCACGGCGGAGGCACAUCUUCCAGCUCCGGCUCGGAAGUUCAAAAAGAAAGAGGAUGAACCACCUCCGGCCAAGCUAUUGGACGACCUCUUUAGAAAGACGAAGGCCACGCCGUGCAUAUAUUGGUUACCACUCACAAAUGAACAGAUAGUCGUAAAAGAAGAGAUGAGAAGACAACACAUGGCGGAACACGCGCGUAGACUAGAAGAAAUGAGACGUGCGGAGAGAAACAACAGGGACGGUCGCCGCCGUCGCAGUCCAAGAAAAUAGUUCUCUGAUAUCUACCACUAGCGAUAAACGUACCUUUACCUUCCUGAACAUUUGAACAUCGACCGGUCAUGUGUUUAAAAAACGGUCUCACAGAUCACGGACAGACGAAUCCUUCUUUUUUACUUUAGACGGACAUCCCAGACGUGUUCUUUGAAACGUUCGAUUUCAAGUUCAUUUCUCGACCAUCGUACUUGUGCCAGCUACUUUAUAAUUUUUUCUUAAAUAUGUGUUAGAUUAUUUGUUUCACGGAAAGUUAUUUUUUUCUCCCCUUUCGUUUCCCAUGUUCCUCCUUGUUUGAUUUCAAUCAAUCAACCAUUGUUUAUUUUCCCGUUCACCGAUCGAGAGAGUCUGUACAAAUUCGAUGCAUGACUAAGGAAUGUCCCGAUCCCUGGUCCCGAGAAAUUUCAGCAUUAAACCGUACUUCUUACAGGUCGACUUUCACUAUCCAACAGCGCGGCGUAACCGUAGCAACGAACACGCGAUAGCAUUUGCAUCGUCUAGGAGAAGCCGCACCGCGUUCUACGACAUGGUAGUGCGGUAUCGCAGAGCGUAAACUCUGGAAAUUGGGAAGAUAAUUGAACUUAAAAACAAAAAAAAUUGUCCACGCAUAGUGAAAGAAUAUCCACGAGAAAAAUGUGUGAUUCGUGAUCGUCGAAAAAGUCCGUUCAUUUUGUCAUCGAAACGAAACGAAAGAGAAUGAAUCGAAGGUUGGGUGAACUUCUUGGAAAGUAACAACUGAACGCAAAGCCCGUAAUCAGUGACGACAAGAGACAGGUUCAAUUGACUGGCGACCCCGAAGUCAUCCUAUAUAAUAAUAAUAAGAAAGAAGUCGCUAAGGAGAAUAUUCUCCUUGAUGCUGAUUAUUUCUUUUUUCUUUCUGUCGGUAGUGUAGCCAGACUUCCUUGGAUUUUGACACGUACUGCUACCACAGAUUUGGUAGUGAGAUGUAAAGUUGCGGUGUUUCUCGCUUUCGCCGGCAAAUGAAUUUGCGGUACAGCCAGAAACACGUUUGUACAUAAAAAGAAAAGGUAUAAUAUCGCCAUGAUAUAUGACAUACAUAUGUAAAAUUAUCAAUAAAUGUAAAACACUUUAGGAUAUUAUACGAGAAAAAAUAUAUAUCUACCGCUUACUUUGUACGAUGUCACACACACGUUUAAAAGAUUUUGUUAUUCAUCCGUAAGAGAUAAGAUCGGAAAGAUUUACAAAAUAAAAUGAAAGAAGAACGAUUAAAAUACACGAUGCUUUGAACUGAAAAAUGUAUUUUUUGCUCAACAUGAUGCGUAUUCAAAUCGUGGUUCUGGUUUUAAAUGUAAUUUUCCACCCGCAAUGUAAACUAAAUGCUUCGAUGAUAACUAUGUAACCGGGAAUAACGCGGAGUAACACGACGAUUAAUUUCGCUAAUCUGAGAAACAAAUUUGUUUAAGUAAACUUAUUCGAUCUUUAUUUAUAUUAACAUCAUUAAACGCUAACGCUUGUAAUUGCUCGUUCAAUUUACAAAAAUCGUGGAUUACAGAUUGUGUGCAUGUCAGCUAUUAAUACUUCACAGUCACAAAAAUACUAUGCGGUAGAAAAGAGGAAAUAAAGGAAUGAAACGUAAAUUUCAAGUCAGAUGCGUUUAGAUUAACUAUCAGAAAGUUUGUACACUGUAAUAUCUUUUCUGCCAUUAAACUAAUCUUACCGACGUCA